AUGGCCGUUCCUAGAAACAUCUCCACGAAGGCCCUGGUCGUCCAUAAACCAGGGGAUAAAUUUGUAAUGGAACCCAUCACCCUUGACGAAGUGCGCUCCGACGAGGUGCUCGUUGAGAUGAAGUACUCCGGUAUCUGUCACACGGAUGUACUUUUCCAAACAGGCCUACUUCCAGGCGUGGAGUACCCAGCCAUCUUUGGCCACGAGGGUGCGGGCAUCAUCCGAGCAUUAGGCAGUAAUGUCAAGGACAAGUCUCUGACGAUUGGAGAUCACGUCCUCCUUUCCUUCAAUGUUUGUGGGAAAUGCAAACAGUGUCUCGCCGACAACCCCUCCUGCUGCCACGUUCAUUCCCCGGUGAACACCGGCUCAGUUCGCCUCUCGGACGGCUCCACGCCGGCACGGCUCCAGGAUGGAACCUCUGUUCGAAGCCAAUGUUUUGGUCAAUCCUCCUUCUCCCGCAUGUCGGUGGUUGCAGAGAGAUGUGUGGUCAAGUGUCCUUAUCCCGAGUCGCUCUCAUACUACGCGCCUCUUGGCUGUGGCUUUCAGACCGGUGCGGGAACGAUCCUUAACGUGCUGAAACCUGACAAGACCAAGACUGUCGUGAUAUUCGGCGUUGGGAGCGUCGGAAUUGCCGCCUUGAUGGCAGCCGCCUAUCUUCAAGUCAACCAACUCAUUGCUGUCGACGUGAAUGACGACAAGCUCGCCAUGGUGAAGGAGCUUGGUGCCACUCAUACAGUUAACCCGACAAAAUGCGGUGGUGACAGUAUUGAAGCUACGAUUAAGCAGAUUACUGAUGGGGGUGCCGAUUUUGCGAUUGAUUGUACUGGGCGCAUCCCUGUUAUUGAAUCGCUAUUUGGAUGUCUAGCUCCGAGGGGUACGGCAACGACGGUUGGCGUCCCACCCCCAGAUAGUGUCGUUAGGAUUGAGCCCCAAACAUUCUUAUUGGAAAAUAAGAGCUAUAUCGGAGUUGUUGAAGGAGGUUCCCAUCCUCAAAAGUUUAUCCCUCAGUUAAUGGAACUUCACCGCCAAGGAAACUUCCCAGUCGAGAAGUUAUGCAAGGUCUACUCAGUCAAAGAUUUCGAUACCGCGUUGAGCGACUUGCGCGAAGGCAAAGUGGUAAAGCCGAUUAUUCACUGGGACUAG